CACUCAAUCACCAAUGUUUUGAGUGCGAUAAUCAAUGCUUCUGUUUUGACUUUUGCGCAGCCGGCUUGCAUCCAGAAUCUAGAUAUUGUUUGCUCUCAUUGCUCAGGCUCACUGCUCAGUGCUUAGUCCCUGUUUACAGUUACUCUGGUACGGGCUGUGGUACUUAACGUGCCUAUCAUCAUGAAUGUCGUUUGUGAAGGAAACGUAUGUCGUUUGGUGUACGCAUACGAUAAUUAUUGGUUUAAGGCCAUGAGCGGUUUGCACUUUGCUGUUGUUUGUUCAUCCAACAUGAAUCGCAGUAUGGAGGCUCACGCCAUCCUUGACCGCAAAGGUUUUCGAGUUAAAUCAUUCGGAACAGGAGACCGGGUGAAGCUACCGGGUCGCGGGAACAGACCAAACUGCUACGCAUUUGGCAUUCCUUACAUGGAAAUAUUUAACGAUCUUGUGUCAAAAGAUAAAAAUUAUUAUUGCCACAACGGCGUUUUGAAUAUGAUUAUCAGAAACCAUAAGGUUAAGCCAUGCCCGGAGCGGUUCCAAUGUUCUACUGAACGUUUUGAUGUCAUAAUAACUUGUGAGAGACGGGUUUAUGACCAGGUCAUCGAGUGGUUUGCUUUGAAGCAAUCUGUAUAUAACCUGCCCACAUAUAUCAUAAACAUUGAUAUUAAAGACAAUCUUGGGGAGGCGACUCUGGGAUCUUAUCUCAUUGUUGAACUGGCCACAAAACUGUCUCAAAGCUUAGAUCUCAAUAAAGAUAUGCCGUUGAUUCUGCAGGCGUUUGAAAACAAAUGCAAGAAACGUGUUUUGAAUUGUGUCAUGUAUUAUUAAAUUAAACCUUGGAAUGAUUUUUUUAUAAAUGCUUUUUCAAAUUUUUGUUUUUAGCAAAAGAUUUAUGACUAUCUACAAAUUUUUAUUUAGUCAAUUUAUCAGAAUAGGGAGACAUUUAACUUCAAUCUAUUGAAACAGAAGUCUUUAUGUAUAAUUACUGUUUGAUCUCAAAAAAACUACAUAUCAACUCUAAGAAUAAUUAACCAAAUACAAUCAGCAGUCCAAAGAUUGGUUCUAUUGACCACACAUUUGAGCAUUAUGUUUAUAUCAAUUUAUAAAAGAUAAUCAAAAAAGAAGUUCUAAAUUAAGAGAAAAUGAAUAGGAGAAUUGUAAUAAAUUCUUCAAAUGAUUAUAAACAAUGACUGUAGUUUAUUUUUGCAGUCUAUGUUCUUUUAUGAUUUUUUGGGUAUGUUUAUAAAAAUGUAUCGUUUAACAUUUGUUUUUUUGCCUUUUUGCCUGUUCGAUUAAUUUUAGUACCUGGUACAAUGUUUAUUUUUAUUAUUAUUAGGUUUAAUCACAACUUAAAUAAGUAUAAAAAUAAGAAAUUUAUGUAAUAUCAUUACAUGUUAACAUCUAUUAUAAUUGAACACACAUUUAGUAACAUGCAAAAGGUAGGUACUUAAGAUUGUACCUAUCUAUUCAAUCAAUUAUUUAAAGUCAUUGACUAACAUCAAUUAUAGAUAUAUUUCAUUAUUAUGAUAGACAUUUUUAAGUUUAACUAAAUGUCUUAGGAUCUCAAAGUUAAGAAUAUUUUAGAUUUAAGUGUACUAUUCUUAUAAACCUUGUGUAUUCUAUAGUUUCUAUUGAUCUCUUUCAGUUUUUGAAAUAGUUGGAAUGAUUUUCCACUAUUCUAUCUACUUAACAAAAAAUGUUAUACACAUUUUUGUUGAUCUUGAUGUUAAAAUAAGAUAAACGUAAUAUAUUUAAUGGACUGUAGUGAGUUUAACUUUGAGCUUUAUACCUACUUGAAUUAUUUUUAAUGGAAGGAAUACUUUUUGGAAGCUAUGUAUACCUACUUGAUAAGUCAGUUUUAUUUAUUGAUCUAUUUUUACCCACCUCUAAACUAAUCUUACAUUUAUAAUUUUCUAUGCUUUACAAAAUUGUAUUUUCGUAUCACAAAAUAUUUUGGAUGUGAGUAAGACUCGCUGAUUUGUUAACGUAUUUCUGAUUAUGUUAAAUUUUAAAACUGUAAAUUAAGAUUGGUGUCAAAGAAAA